UACGAGUAAACAUUUGGUGAGAAGACCAUCGUCAUCAUUGGGUGGAAAUGGAAUGGUGACAAUUAUUGGCAUCAAAUGCUUAUUGGGAUUCGCACUAUUGCUGAAUUCCAAGAUCUGCACAACCCAAAAAGUUUACAAAAAGCUAAACCUAAAUUAUUCAUUACACAAAUGCAACUGUCUUUCUGAUUCCCCAUUGGCUAGAGCUCCAAUAUUGUAUUAGAUUAGUAUACAUACAUGAUACAACCCCCUUCUUUCAAAUUUCAACCACUAACAUCAGAGUCUUAGACAUAUACAAAGAGAAAUGGAAGAGGGUUUUGUUGUUGUAUCAUUGUAUGAGUGCGCGCUAAGCAACAAAAAGGAAAAGUAAUCAACAGAAAUGUGUGUUUAGUGAGUGAUGAGCGAAAAAGGCAACAGAAGCACCCAACUUUGUCAAAAAGUUUAUACAUUAGGAAACCCCUUUCUUUUACUAUCAAUUUACCCACUGCUUUAUCGAUUUUUGGGUGCAUACUUCCUCUUUGUUCGUCAUUGCCAGUCCCGCGUUUUUUUUUACCAUGAAAUGAUGAGGUGAUUUGAAGGUUUGAUUGCUGAAAUCUGUAGAUAAUAACGGAAGAGACGAAGAUUCGUUGCGGGUAUGUUGUAAUUUGUUCGAUUGGGGUUUAAUAAGGAAUCUAGGGUUUUAAUUUGGGGUAUACGGAUUCAUAACGCGACACAACUUCAAUAUUCUUUUCUUGAUCGAUACCUUCUUAUCUAUAGAAUCUUCAAGCAACAACCAAAGAAUAUUAGAGGCUUUAAUGACUGGUUAGUGUUAUUGCGCCAUGGAUACUGGUUUUCACUACGAUAGAACCUUGAGCUCUGGUCUGAAUCGACAUGCCAUAUCCUUCCAAACAAGUGCAGUAGCCAGCACAUCGGAGAUGAUGAUGAUGGGUGAUUACUAUCCAAUGAACAGUACAUCAACACUAGGCACAAGGUUUUCAAAUUGUGAUAUAGCAAACAGCAGUUCAGGGUUUACACAAGCUGGGAAUCCGAAUUCCUCUGGUUCUGUUCUUGCUGAUUCCAUUCCAGGGUUGAAACACGAUGCAGGCUUGGCUGUCGAAUGGUCUUCUGAAGAACAACAUAAGUUAGACGAAGGGCUUUCCCAAUUUGCUGAUGAACCUAGCAUCAUGAGGUACAUCAAGAUCGCUGCCACAUUGCGUGAUAAAACUGUUCGUGAUGUUGCCUUGAGGUGUAGGUGGAUGGCUAGGAAACGAAGGAAACAGGAAGGACUAAAUAUGGGGAAAAAGUUGAAAGAUAAGAAGGAUACUUUGGUGGAAUCAUCUACAAAGCCAAGUAUAUCAUCAGUUCCAACAUUAAAUGUGGCUCCAUUUUCUUUUACCAUGAAUAAUCAUGUCCAGAUUGACAGUAUUACUUUUGAAGCAUUAAGUGGCUCAAUAAGGAAUUUACUAGAACAAAAUAACCAAGUUAUUGGUCAGAUUUCAUCUAAUAUUUCCUCAAUGAAACUGCAGGACAAUAUCGACCUUUUCAACCACAUGAAGAAUAAUAUAACUACCAUAUUAAACAAUAUGAGGUAUAUGCCUGGGCCACCAUUCCCUGUAUCACUAAACGAAGAUCUUGCUCAUAGUAUUUUACCAACAUCAAGUCAGACAAUGAUGUUUGAGGGAUCAGGUGGGAUGUAUAUGAAGCAAGAACCAGGGUUUUGAUGUGGGAGUUUGGUUGCUAAGUACAAAUUUAAAGGUGAUGUAAAUUUAAAAUAGGUACACUGUAUUGAUUGCCUAUUCGGGUUUAAAUCCAAUGAUAUAAAAAAAGAAAAUUCGUAGAGAUCACAUUUUUGAAAAAAAACAAAAAAAUUAAAA